GGCAGAGCGCCCGCCCCUCUCUAUGGUCGCGCUGGCGCCGCGGGGCCGACGGGAGCCUGGCGGACUCCGUGCAUUCUUCGCUCAUUACCUCACGGGCGGGGAGGAGGCUGUCGGGAGAGCGGACGCCUUCCCUCGGCCUCGCUCCGGCGCUCCGGCGAGCCCGGCUGCCGGCCCGGCCGCGGCGGCCUCUGCCCUCCCCCCCUCCCCCGCCCCGCCCGCCGGGCCCCGCUUCUCCGGGGAGCCCAGCUCAGGCCCAUGGCUCCAUGAGGCGGGAGAAGGAGGAGGCGGCGGCGGCUGGGCAGCAGCGGCGGCGGCGGCUGGGCUGAGGCGGAGGACGAGCCGCGUCCGGCCCGGGACGGGGGCAGGAGGGUUCUGCAGUGCUCCAGGCAGCAAGUUUUGAAGCAGGAUGGGAAAAAGACGCUGUGUUCCUCCACUUGAGCCCAAGCUGGCAGCUGGCUGCUGUGGGGUAAAGAAACCCAAGUUGUCUGGGAGCGGAACACACAGUCAUGGGAAUCAGGCCACAACGGUACCAGGCUCCAGUUCAGGUCCUCUUCAGAACCACCAGCACACAGAUGGGAAUAAUGGAAGGGAGAACGUAUCUGACUUGACUUUGGGCCCAGGAAAUUCCCCAAUUACUCGAAUGAAUCCCACUUCAGGAGCUCUGAGCCCACUCACUCGGCCCAAUGGAACUGCCAACAGCACCAAGAACCUGGUGGUGACAGCGGAGAUGUGCUGCUACUGCUUUGAUGUACUCUACUGUCAUCUCUACGGUUUCCCUCAGCCACGACUUCCUCGAUUUACCAAUGACCCCUAUCCACUCUUUGUGACGUGGAAGACGGGGCGAGACAAGCGGCUUCGUGGCUGCAUCGGGACCUUUUCAGCCAUGAAUCUUCACUCAGGACUCAGGGAAUACACAUUAACCAGUGCACUUAAGGACAGCCGAUUUCCCCCCCUGACCCGCGAGGAGCUGCCCAAACUCUUCUGCUCUGUCUCCCUCCUCACUAACUUUGAGGAUGCCAGUGACUACCUGGACUGGGAGGUUGGAAUCCAUGGGAUCAGAAUAGAGUUCAUCAAUGAGAAGGGUGUCAAACGCACAGCCACGUAUUUACCUGAGGUUGCUAAGGAACAAGACUGGGAUCAGAUCCAGACCAUAGACUCCUUACUCAGGAAAGGUGGCUUUAAGGCUCCAAUCACCAAUGACUUUAGGAAAACGAUUAAACUCACCAGGUACCGCAGUGAGAAGGUGACAAUCAGUUAUGCAGAAUACAUGGCUUCCCGGCAGCAUUGUUUCCAGAAUGGCACUCUUCAUGCCCCCCCCCUCUACAAUCAUUACUCCUGACACACGGCUGCAUGACCAGUCCCACUCCCCAGUUGCUGCCAACGGCUACGACAUCAUUGGGGCAGACGCCUCCUCUUCCUGGUCCAGUUACUUCUAUUACUGCACCAUUUUAUGAUGCUAGCUUCCGUUGCCAAGUCUGCCUUCCCAGCUGACCUGGGGGGAGGAUGAGAGCGUGACAGAACUUCAGGGGCCCAAGCCUUAUCUCAGCCUUCCCUCCGCACGGGGGUUCAGUUGGAUUGGGGCUCCGUGCCUGUGGCGAGGCGCAGGAGAGCUCUGUGAGGGAAAGCGCCACUUCGGACCCAGCCCUUCUCCUGCGUUACCGACGCUCUGGAAACUGGAGCUGUUCGUUAUGGAAGACCCCCCCCAACCCCUGCUCCCCCCAGAUCAAGUAGGAGCAUUCCCCUGGCAGCCUGGGCAACGGAGUCCAACCAAACAUUUUUUUAGGUUCUUUUUAAUUUUGGAGGGUUACUUUUGACCUCUGGUAUCUGCUGUGUACGGAGAGCUGAUUGCAGCCCCUGCACGUCGCAGGCGGGCGUGACGGCGUGGAGCAGCGAGGGACGGCUGGGUAAGCACCCCAUCCUCACGGACAGAAAGCACUUGGAGAUGUGAAAGUCCUGGGCAUGCUAUCGUAGGUGAAGGCGUUAUUUAAAUAAACCCUGGAAGGCUUUAAUCACCAGAUCCCCACUGUAAGUUGGUUUAACGCCCUUGGUUUACAGUUUUCUGGGGUUUUAGGCAGUGUAGCCUGCUGUGAAGAAGGGCUGUUGUGCCUGUAAGAGGGCAGCAAGGCACAGGCAGCGGAUGCAAAGGACGAGGUACCUGCGUGUCCCUGGACAGUCUGCUCUGCCACGACCAAGUUUUGUGUCCAGACGCUUGUAACGGAGCCGUGUUGGGUUAAGGAUGGGGAGGGAUUUGCAGGGCAUUGGCUGUAGUCACACAAGUGAGACUGGUGACUGGAAUUUGUUUAACUGAAGCUAACAGUCUUGGAGACCUUCCUUCUGUGAUAGGACAACCAUUUUCUCUGGUGUGACUAUCCAUCUUGAGAGCUGUGAGUAUUGCAGUUUACAGGAGGCCUGUGGCAUACAGCUGUGUAGAUCCACUGGUAAGUUAUUAUCUUGCACAGUUUAGUUAUUGCCACAUCAAGGCAAUGAGUGGGGAAACCUGUAUUACCCAAACUGUGUGAAGCUCCUGUGCAUUCUGUAUUUCUCCUCCCAUCGUUGAAGGUCACAAGAAAUGCUCUCUUCUAGGAGGAACUCAGCCAGUUGUUACUGUGCAGCAUCACUGAGGGGAUGUCAUACACUCUAAAUUGACGCUCUCUCAGGGAGCCCACUGGACCUUAAAAGAUAAUUGGGGGGGGGAGGGGGAAGAGUUUAGUUUUCCAAGUUUCUUGGAGGGUCAGCCAACGACAGGAAAGCAAAUGCAAGGGCACAGCAGAGUGCUAUCGGCUGUCUGGUUGCACAUCUCUGUAGAGCUUGCUUGUGUGCGGUAGUGAUGGCUUUGAAGAUUGGCUGGUGUUCCAAGCCUGAAAUUCUCUCCUGGCAUGGCAGGGAAUAGGGCUGGUAGGAAGCUCAGAACUGCUGCUCCUUCUGGUCCUGGAGAAGCAAACAAGAGUGGUGCAGUUGUUGCUUCACAUUGGUGUAACGUUCUCUUGCUGGAGGAGAGGGGCGUGAGGGAAAGGAGGGGGUCUUACUCUGGACAACGGUGCAAUAUCGACCCAGCUUUCCUCCUGCACUGGGUCAUUCUUACAAAUUGCCACUUCUCCCUUGUGAUGUUGUUGCUGAAAAGUGAUUGAAGAGUAAGGGAUUGUUCCAUCAUUUCCUGCUGCUGAGAAUAAAUCGGUCUCGUUACAAACUCGAGUGGUUUGUACUUAACUCUCGCAGGUGCCGUGUAGUGAUGGGGGAGGGCGAGGUCAGCUCUGGACAUACCCUCCACCUUUCAGCUGUCAAACAGGACGAUACAUAGGGCUACACUCAUCACUGUUCAAGUGUUCUAUGUUAGAAUUUCAUUUCUUAAAAGGUUUAAAAACAACAAACGAAGCAAAAAAAUGGUGCUAAAACUUCACCCCUGAGCACGCUCAGUGAGACUGGUCAUGCAGGCAUUUAGUGCCAGGCUUUUCAACAGAUUGUUUCUUUUUCAAAUGUUUGCCCUGUUCUGUGUCUUCAACAGUGUAUAGUGUUUCCCUGAUUUCAUUUUCUCUGAAUGGGGGAUGACUUAAGGGGUGGGGUGGGGAGGGUUAGCUGUCAUUUUUAAAAGAGCAGAAUGUUAGGAUUGAGUGACUCGGUUGGUUGAAGCCUGAAGUGGGACAGAUGGCUGGGGACGGGGGAAGCCUUGCCCUCUCCCACUCCCAUUUCCCCACUUAGUCUGUUUAAGAAAACAAAAAUACUACAAAAAAAUAAAACACAAACAAAAAUGCCUCUAAAUAUGUACUGUGUUCUUGUCUUGUUGCAGUGCAAAGAGAAGCCAGCAAAUCAGAAACACUGAUCUGCUGACUAGGAAACAGGCCCUCUCAGCUUUACUCCCGUAAGGGUCCAGCUACAGAAUCAUUUGGAAAGUGUGUCAAUAGUUCAGUUAGCUCAAAAAAUUGUGUGACAAGGACAGGUGGUCUCAGGAAAUAAUCCCAUUUCUAGAUCAUUAUGUGGCAGCUAUGCAUAAGGAUGAAAGAGAUGAACUAGAAACAAAACUAACUUUGAGUUGCCUCAAGAUGGAGGCAACUAAAAUCAGCGAUGUCAGAACUUCUCCGGGGUUCCGUGGCGAGGACAGCAGGUUAGAACUACUCCUUCUCAAAGCAACUGUUAACCCAGUGUGAUCUGGAUUUAACUCAUCCUUAGAAGCAAGUGCCUUUUGGUCUAGAAGGGCUUAUUCUCAUGACAACCACAACUGAGAAAUAAUCUCACUGCAACUACAAAAUGUCUUUGUUUCACGGUAACUACGGGAGAAUGUCUUUGAUCACUGGAGUCUGUUGGUGUUGGAAUGUUUCCACUGUGAGGUUCUUACUUUUGUUUUUGUAGUGUUCAACAGUCAAUCUCAACUGAGGCCAUUUCAGUUUGGGAACGUUUUAUGGUCAAAAUAUCACAUAUCUACAAUUUAUCAGAGCAAACAGAUGAAAAAUCUGUAAGAAAAUCUAAGAGUUCAUCUUGACCUUUGCACAGAAUAAUUUGUUUCUGUAGUGCAUUAACAGCCAUCUGCAAUCUUCACUACUAGUGCUGUUUUCUGUUUGUAUCCUGGAAACUACAUGUUGUUUUGUUGGGGUUUUUUUUGGUUAAUUUAUUUCCUUAAAGCAGGAGACCUCUUUUGACCUUCAGUGCAGAGAUGUCAGACCAAUUCUUUGUAUUACACUUGGUUGCCUCCUACCUAUAUAAUAACUUCUGAGUGUAAAUAAUUGAACUCUUAUCCUCUAACGAAGUAUUGUAGAAAAUAAAUCAUAAUGGAUAAA